AUGGGCGGUCUAUUUAGUUACUUCAGAGGGUUGUUAGGGGCCCGGGAAAUGAGGAUUUUGAUCCUCGGUUUGGAUGGCGCCGGGAAAACUACAAUAUUAUACAAAUUGCAAGUGGGAGAGGUAGUUACCACAAUACCAACGAUCGGUUUUAAUGUAGAGCAAGUAACAUACAAAAACCUUAAGUUUCAAGUGUGGGAUCUUGGUGGACAGACCAGUAUUAGGCCUUACUGGCGAUGUUACUAUGGUAACACAGAUGCAAUAAUAUAUGUAGUGGAUUCUGCAGACAGAGAUAGAAUAGGUAUAUCAAAGGAUGAACUGGUGCAUAUGUUGAGGGAGGAAGAAUUAGCCAACGCGAUUUUAGUAGUGCUAGCGAACAAGCAAGAUAUGGCGGGCUGCCUGACCGUAGCAGAAGUCCACCAAGCGUUAGGGCUGGAUGCCCUACGCGAUCGCACUUUCCAAAUUUUCAAGACUUCAGCCGUUCGCGGCGAGGGGUUAGACCAGGCGAUGGAUUGGCUGUCUAAUGCACUUCAGGCCAGGAAAUAA